AUGUCAGACACUGUACCUAUUCCGGAACCCCCUGGGUUGCCAUUUCUUGGCAACGUCAGUGAAAUCAAUCCCGAUUUUCCCUUGGGUUCUAUGCUUUCGCUUGCUGACCAGUAUGGUGAAAUCUACCGCCUGCGUUUCCCCGGGCAGUCAGCGGUUUUUGUCUCGACGCGCGCUCUUGUCAACGAGACAUGUGACGAGAAGCGGUUCAAGAAGUCAGUGAGACAGGCGUUGGAAAAAAUCAGAGAUGGUGUACACGAUGGUCUUUUCACGGCAAGAAUGGGUGAAGAGAACUGGGGUAUCGCCCACCGCGUGCUUAUGCCCGCCUUUGGACCCCUUUCAAUUCGCGGCAUGUUCAAUGAAAUGCACGAUAUUGCCAGCCAGCAGGCUUUAAAAUGGGCGCGCUACGGACCGGAAGCGUAUAUAACGGUGACCGACGACUUCACACGACUGACCCUUGAUACGCUGGCGCUUUGCUCUAUGGGCUACCGUUUCAACAGCUACUACUCACCCACACUGCACCCCUUUAUUGAGGCCAUGGGAGACUUUUUGACAGAGGCCGGCAACUUCCCGCGUCGUCUGCCGUUGCCUGCUGCAUUCUUCCGCGGAAAAGAUAAGAAAUUCGCCAACGACAUAAACAUCCUCAGAAGCACUGCGAGAGAGGUUCUAGAAUCGCGAAAGGCCAACAAGAGCGACCGCCGCGACCUUCUCACUGCCAUGUUGGAAGGAGUUGAUCCAGUGACAGACAAAAAGAUGACGGACGAGAGUAUCAUGGACAACCUCAUCACAUUCUUGAUCGCUGGACACGAAACGACAUCAGGGAUGAUGUCUUUUGCCUUCUAUCAGCUUCUCAAGAACCCUGAGGCAUUCCAAAGAGCCCAAAAAGAGGUUGAUGAGGUCGUUGGAAAGGGUCAGAUUAAGGUCGACCAUCUCUCCAACCUCCCCUAUAUCAAUGGGGUCCUUCGCGAAACCCUGCGUUUAACUGCAACAAUACCAGUCUUUGCUGUUGAGCCCUUUGAGGAUACCAUACUUGCAGGAAAAUACGCGGUAAAGGCUGGCGAAGUUGUUAUUAACCUGCUCGCUAGGUCUCAGCUAGAUCCUACAGUGUUUGGUGAGGACGCUAACGAUUUCAAGCCGGAGCGUAUGAUGGAUGAGAACUUUAACCGCCUCAAUAAGGAGUUUCCUAAUUGCUGGAAGCCGUUUGGCAACGGCAUAAGAGGCUGUAUAGGCCGCGCCUUUGCCUGGCAAGAAGCCCUUCUGGUGAUGGUCAUACUUCUCCAGAACUUCAAUUUUGUGUUGGACCCCAACUACACGCUUGAUAUCAAGCAGACUCUCACCAUCAAGCCCAAAAAUAUGCGCAUGCGCGCUAUCCUUAGAGACGGGCUAACACCAACGAUUCUUGAGCACCGCCUGGCUGGCCUUGCUCUGCCUGAAAAGAGCAACAAGGCUAAUUCUGCCGUUGAAUCAAGCGAGGAUGGCGUGCCGUUAACGAUUCUUUAUGGAUCCAAUAGCGGAACUUGCGAGUCCCUGGCGCAGCGGCUCGCUUCAGCUGCUUCGUUCCAUGGCUUCAAGCCAGUUAAGGUCGACUGCCUGGACAGUGCUAAAGGUAAUCUGCCUACCAACCAACCAGUCGUUAUCAUUACUGCUUCCUACGAGGGGCUACCGCCCGACAACGCCGGGCAUUUUGUUGCUUGGCUGAAGGGUCAAGAUAAGUCUAAGACUCCGCUUAAGGACGUUUCUUACGCCGUUUUUGGCUGCGGCCAUAAGGACUGGGUGCAAACUUUUCACCGCGUUCCUAUGCUGGUUGAUACCACCCUUGGGGAACUUGGUGCAACACGCAUUACAGAGAUGGGUCUCACAGAUGUCUCGUCGGGCGAGGUGUUUACCAAAUUUGAGUCGUGGGAAGACGACCUACUCUGGCCUGCGUUGAUGAGCAGGUACAAAACUAUGACCACUAAGAAGCCGUCAGGCGUCGAGGUAGUUGUCAGCAACCCCAGAAUGUCUACUCUCCGCCAGGAUCUCAAGCAGGCUUCUGUUGUUCAUACUGAGGUCCUCACCAAGGGUGGCGAUCCCACCAGCAUCAAGAAGCACAUUGAGAUCAAGAUUCCUGAAGGCAUGACCUACACCGCAGGGGACUACCUUGCAGUCCUGCCAAUUAACCCUACGGAGAAUGUUCACCGCGCCAUGCGCCGCUUGCACCUAGCCCGCGAUGCCCACCUCACGAUCAAAACCGAAGGGCCUACGGCUCUCCCAAUAGAUAGCUCGCUCCCCGCUAAUGACAUCCUACGCUCGUAUGUUGAGCUUUCGCAGCCGGCGACGAAGAGGCACCUCCUGUCUAUCGCAGAGUAUGCCACAGACGAAGAAAUCAAGACCGCCCUAGUUCGGCUCGCUGGUGAGGCUUAUGCCGAUGAGAUCAAUGAUAAGCGCGUCUCUGUUCUUGAUUUGCUUGAGCGCUACUCCGCCGUUGACCUACCGGUCGGGGUCUUUCUUUCAAUGAUGCCGCCGAUGCGCGUGAGACAAUAUUCGAUUUCCUCGUCACCAUUGGCUCAGCCCAACAUCGUUACCCUUACUUUUUCCGUACUCAAUGAACCCUCCCUCUCAGGUCAAGGCCACUAUAUCGGCGUUGCGUCAUCCUACCUUCACUCUCUAGUACAAGGCGACACCCUCCACGUAGCUAUCCGGCCAUCCCACGCUGCUUUUAGCCUCCCAACCGAUCCCAAAAGAACUCCCAUCAUCUGUGUUGCUGCCGGCACAGGUGUAGCCCCCUUUCGUGGAUUCAUCCAGGAGCGCGCUACCAUGAUCGCUGCAGGCCGUACCCUUGCGCCCGCACUCCUUUUCUAUGGCUGUCAGUCGCCCGAGCAUGACGACCUACACCGCAGCGAAUUCGAUGAGUGGGAGGCUCAGCGUGCCGUCUCAGUGCGCCGCGUCUUCAGCCGUGACGCAGGCAAGAGCGAGGGUUGCAAGUAUGUGCAAGAUCGCCUGUGGAGGGAUCGUGAGGAGUUCAUCGGCCUGUGGAAGCAAGGGGCCAAAGCCUACGUCUGUGGCUCUCGUGGCGUGGCCGAGUCAAUCAAGGAGACAAUGAUCAAACUCAAGGUUGAGAUGGAUAGAUCUGCUGGAGAGGAGACGGAUUCGAACAGUCUCAAGGAAUGGUUUGAGGCUCUGAGAAACAUUCGUUACGUUACAGAUGUUUUCGACUAG